CUUCCACAUGCACUAAGGGCCUGUUUAUUAUGGCUGAAGCUCCGUCUCUUCCUAUCAUCUGCUGAUUGGCUGUGCCAUUUCAGAAGCAAAACGCGAUUGGUUCAGAGACCCGUCAAUCGGACGAGCAAUAGACGGGUACCCAAGACAGCAGGGUUGCGCGUGUGCCUUCCCAGGUCCUGGCAGCACCAUCCGGCGAGGGGGCGAGGACGCUGGCCGCCUGUUUUAUGACUGCGAGGAACACUGGAUGUUUUUAUUUUGAUUUCUGCUUCACUGGAUAUACAUGCCCACGAUUUUGAGCGCGAGAAUGCGGCACGCCGGUGAACGAGCACAACGUUAUCGAUGGGGAAAAUAAGUUGAAAGCUUCGGAAGAAUGUUUUCCUUGUUCCAGGAAAACGGAUUGCUCUGUUGAGCUGUGUGAUGGGUGUUUCGAAGGGAUUUUGACAUUUGGAGAGGAUCUGGGGCUAUCCAUCUACAGCUUGAGCGCAACUGAAAGCGGCAACAGAUCGCCAUACUGCAAAACAAGCUUCCCGGGUCGAUACAGUGUAGCAGCGUUUAAUGUGAAUGUAAACAAGUAAGCUGGCGAGCAAGUACCAAAUCAGCAACGGUGGCCUGAUUGAGAUCCACGCAACUUCUGCAAACUGCAUGCAGCCCUGGCGGUGGAAACGGGGCUGGAUGAGCCCAAAAUGGCAAAUAUGAAGAAAUCUAAAAGAUGAAUGUUGCAUUUCCCCCGUAACUUGUACAGUUCACCUAAUUUCCAUUUCCAUACAAGCACGAGUUUCGAGCGAAGCAAGGUGCUCCUCAUGCCUCCAACAUGAGGAGGUUUAAGGCCGUGCGGAAUUGAUUUAGUAUGGGGGGAACGCGUUAUUUUGAUUUGAUCUCUCUCUCCUUUUUUACUUUUCUUUUGUUUACCCUCCGAGAGAGGUUUCUUGGCUGUCCGAGAUUGUUAUUUUGCUAGUCUGGAACGUAUAACGCGAAAGAUCCUCUGAAGUAGGUCAGAUCAAAGCUGGAGAGUUGUUAGUAUGACACCUUUUCACACUCAUCUUUAUGUAUGGCGGACAUUUCUGCUUUGAUUUGACCCGUCGUUUGGCUCGAUGACAGCCAAAUGAGAGUUUGACAUCUUGGCAGCCUCCCUCUCCAUCUCGUUCGCCUCUUUGUUUUGUUUUUCCACCUCUCAUUUCGGGCUGUUGAGUGAGUGAAUGGCUCUGUGCGGAACGACGGCUUCCAGUGCCGCGAAAAUGAUGGCUGCGUACAACGGCGGCACCGCGGCAGUGGCCGCACAUCACCCGCACCAUCACCACCAGCUGCCUCAUCUCCCACCACCCGCUCACCUCCACCACCAUCACCACCCGGGCCAGCAUCACCUCCAGCACCCCGGCUCGGCCGCCGCCGUGCACCCCGUACAGCAGCACGCUUCCACGGCCGCGGCCGCUGCUGCUGCCGCCGCGGCGGCGGUGAUGCUGAACCCGAGCCAGCAGCAGUCGUACUUCCCCUCGCCAGCUCCUGGACAAGCUCCGGGGCCGGCGGCCGCUGCAGCCCCAGCGCAAGUUCAAGCCGCCGCCGCGGCCGCUGUGAAGGCGCAUCAUCACCACCACCACCAACACUCACAUCACUUACAACAACAGCUGGAUAUAGAGCCGGACAGACCGAUCGGAUACGGAGCUUUCGGUGUGGUUUGGUCGGUAACAGACCCCAGAGACGGCAAACGCGUGGCCCUCAAAAAGAUGCCCAGUGUCUUCCAAAACCUCGUCUCCUGCAAGAGGGUUUUCCGCGAGCUGAAGAUGCUUUGUUUCUUCAAGCACGACAAUGUGCUGUCAGCUCUGGAUAUCCUGCAGCCUCCGCACAUCGACUACUUUGAGGAAAUUUAUGUGGUGACAGAGUUGAUGCAGAGUGACCUCCAUAAGAUCAUCGUGUCUCCACAGCCUCUGAGCUCUGACCACGUCAAAGUCUUUCUCUACCAGAUCCUCCGAGGACUGAAGUAUCUUCAUUCAGCUGGCAUUUUGCACAGAGACAUUAAACCUGGUAACCUGUUGGUCAACAGUAACUGUGUGCUUAAGAUUUGUGACUUUGGCCUGGCAAGAGUGGAGGAGCUAGAUGAGUCGCGUCACAUGACCCAGGAGGUGGUGACGCAGUACUACAGAGCGCCAGAGAUCCUGAUGGGGAGCAGGCACUAUUCCAACGCCAUCGACAUCUGGUCUGUGGGCUGCAUCUUUGCCGAGCUGCUUGGCCGACGCAUCCUCUUCCAGGCUCAGAGUCCCAUCCAACAGCUGGACUUGAUCACAGAUCUGCUGGGGACUCCGUCUCUGGAGGCCAUGAGGACGGCGUGUGAGGGGGCCAGAGCUCACAUCCUGAGAGGACCACAUAAACAGCCCUCGCUUCCUGUCCUGUACACCCUGUCCAGUCAAGCAACCCAUGAGGCCGUUCACCUCCUCUGCAGGAUGCUGGUCUUUGACCCAUCGAAGCGGAUCUCUGCAAAAGAUGCACUGGCACACCCAUAUCUGGACGAGGGGCGUCUGCGGUACCACACCUGCAUGUGUAAAUGCUGCUACACCACUUCCUCCGGCCGCGUCUACACCAGUGACUUUGAGCCUGUCACGAACCCCAAGUUUGAUGACGGCUUUGAGAAAAACCUGACGUCAGUUCGGCAGGUCAAAGAGAUCAUUCAUCAGUUCAUCCUGGAGCAACAGAAGGGGAACCGGGUACCGCUCUGUAUCAACCCCCAAUCAGCAGCCUUCAAAAGCUUUAUCAGCUCAACAGUAGCUCAGCCCUCUGAGAUGCCUCCAUCUCCUCUAGUUUGGGAGUAGCUGAGGAUGGCGGCAUUAAUAACAGUGGUGGUGGACAUCCCUCCUGCAGCCUGCCCCGCGCCCACCCUUCGCCCCCCGGACUACUGACCCCCAGACAUCCCCAAAACCUGCGUAGCAUUUCACUGGAGUCUAGGACUAGCCAUGUCCCUCAUGUGUGUGUGUGCGUACUGUAAUACUUACUAAAUGGAGUUUUAUAGAAGCAACCACUACUGAUGAGUUCAAGCGGGACAGGUGGGCAGGGUCACGGGGGGGGUCCGUUCGUACAUACCCACUGCUCUGUAGUAGUAUACUAAAGGUUUGUGAAGGGUACGAACCUGUACUUUCGGCAGAUGAAGUUGACCCCUGUGGACUUGAAUGUAUUUUGAACAGCAGGGCGGCAGAAUCUGUGCAGUAUCCCUGAAGGAAAUCUCAUCAUGAUUAUGUUUGCGAGUAAUCAUGCUUUAUUUAUUCAUGGAAACAGGAAGUGCAGUGCUUCAUGCAGUUUGGAAAGACAAGUUCCUCUGAAUCUGUCUUUCAUUCACGACAUGAUAGAACCAGGGUCGCCGUCUUGGGGCGAAAAAACGUUGUCCUCAUGAGUAGCCUGUUCAUAAGGACCAUCCAUAUAAAUAUGUCCCGGGCCUUGUGAAUUAAGGUUACGGCCCUCUUUAAAAAGGUGCGGUCACAUUAAACGCUACUCCAAAUUUUGAGAGCAAAAUCCAUUUGUUUCAGGAACCUGUGCGUUUUGUGUGUUUAAUACAUCUACGCUAUUGACAACAGAAAAAUGUAAAAAUCGUCAUAUCACUAAUGUGACCGCAUCCUAACAACUGUGACCACUCAUUCUUCUAGAGUGAGCUGCUCAUUGCUUUUUUUUUUGCCUUCGACGGAGGUGUGAUUUUUAUGACUUUCUUUCAUUUUUGCUGCCAUCUGCAUUAUUUCUUUGUUUCUCGAUCAAAUUGUCUUUGUUCGAAUUUCGCGUUCAGUCUCAUAUUCAACUUCAUCAGGAACAAAUUGAGUAUUCCUUAGCGCAGCACUUGGCACAGAUACUGAUUCAUAGGCUUCUCUUAGUACUCCUGAAUCUGGAUGUGUUGUGUCAGUAUUUAGUGCUUUGGGUGGAUGAUUAAACGGCACAAUGACUCAAAAGGAACCAAAGCACGCAAAAUUGGCCCGAGGCAAAAUGCUCGUACUAAAAGGGUUUAUUUGAAGUGAGCGUGUCCAGCAAUCUCGCAGUUGCUUGUCUUUUACUGAGACUGAAAACCCAUCUAGCUGGUAGCAAAAUGACAUGCGGAGGUUUGUUUUCAGAUGACCUUUGAACCCUGCUCUUCCUGAUGGAGUAUCUAGAAUAGCAUGCAAACCCAAUUAAAGCCUAAAAAAUGUAUACAAAUUAGCAAACAUAUGAAUAAUAGGUUGAACUGUUGGUCUAUCAAACCAUUCCAUAAUUGCAAUGGUAUGUCACAAAACUUUGUCUGUGAAGACAAGUGACGCCAUUGCGAGUGCAUGUAUGGACCCCGUGCAUGUUUAAAACUGAGUGUGGCAUCACGCUAGGGAUCCUGUAGAUGUCAGUUCAGUGUCGUCUACUUUAGCCCUCCUCCAGAGCCCGAUGGCGAUGAUGGAUCUGAAAAGGAUGCCUGGGAAAUGGCGUGUAUUGUUGGCCUGGAAAGAAAUCGGGAGUAGUUUUCACUCUCUGUACCAUGCUUAAAUUUCCCAUAAUGCUUUCUGUCCCUGUCUCGGACUAAAAGAAAACAAAUGGAAAAUAUUUAAUAUAUUUUUAGAGAAUAAUUUUUUAUUUCUUCCUCAAUGUGCUAUGGCAUGCUUUCCCAUGAUCCACUGACUUUGGUUUGUAAAUAAAUGAGUAGCAGAUAGGUUUCAAUAGAAAUGAAACAUCCACGAAAAAUAAAACCCUAAAAAAAAAAACGCCAAAAAAAACAAUAUUAAUAAUAAUGUAAUACUGCUGUAUAGAAGUUGAAUUAGCCUGCACAUUUUUUAGGGCUGUGAAAUUGUAUUUUAUUUUUUAGACUUAUAUAAAUAUAAAUGUACAUAUUUUUGUCCUCUCUUUUCUUCUUCGUUUUAUUUCCCCCUGCACUAGAAAGUGUAGACAAAGAAAUAAUCCAAAUCAGUAUAAGUACAAAAACAAACAAAAACACAUAACCAAUUAUGUUAAUUGUGUCUUGUGUGCUGCAGAGCUGUGGAUACGAGUAUUGAAGUAGAGCCCUUUUUAAUAAUUAUUAUUAUUAUUAUUAUUAUUAACUUCCUUUAAAGAAACACUGAACUGUUUGUGUAUAUGUAUAUAAUGGAUUCACAUUGUUGGUCUCUACCUCUCGAGCUCAAUGACUUGGUUGUUUACCUCCACGCUUUUAUUUUUAUGUGGAGAUUGAAAACUUGAAUGUCCCUUCCAACUUUUAUAUUCCUAUCAAAUCCUGUAUAAAGAAAUCAAGUCAUUAAAAUUGCGAUUGGUUGGAGGUGGUUCCCAUCAUCAUACCCUUGUACAAAGUACCAUGUUCUCACCCCAGUGUUCUUUGACUGUUAGAUCACACAGCAUACCCACGACGAUUAACAUGGUAUCCUUCACCGAGAGCCAUCGGAUGAGAUAAACAUACAAAAUCCAUGGCAAUGUUAGAACGUAAGAAUCGGGCGAACUGAAGAUAACGCGCGGAUUCAAACAGAGCCUGUGAGAAGAGACUAACACACAAGCUUGAUCGGGCCAAACAGGGAAGGUACUGCACUUGCUGUUAAGUUUUUAUAAGAAAGUUUGAAGUUAAUGGUAUUUGAAAACAUUUUACGACAUAUAUGACUAUAAUAUAACAUUCACAUUCAAUGCCCUGAAAGCGGAUGAGGUGAUUAUUACGGACCGGAAGGACUCUGUGGAUGUUUUGUGUGUUUUGAAAAAUCACUGGUCUCUUUUCAGAGUGUAGAUUUGAAGUACAGUGGUGAAGCUCAUUAAAUGUUGACAUUUUAAAAA